CCAGCGGCCCCCAUGCCCACCCCACGGCUGCUCCUGCCUCUCUUCCUCAUGGGGCUGACCUCAGGGGCCAGCCUGCUACCAGAGCCUGGGAACCACCCAGGUGUGUGCCCCAACCAGCUCAGCCCCCAUCUGUGGGUGGAUGCCCAGAGCACCUGCGAGCGUGCAUGCAGCCAGGACCAGGACUGUGCAGCUGCUGAGAAGUGCUGCACCAACGUGUGCGGGCUGCACAGCUGUGUAGCAGCUCGCUUCCCUGAUGGGGGCCCAGCUGCACCUGCCAUCACGGCCUCCUGCGAAGGCUUUGUGUGCCCACAGCAGGGUUCCAAUUGUGACAUCUGGGAUGGGCAGCCUGUGUGCCGCUGCCGAGAUCGCUGUGAGAAGGAGCCCAGCUUCACCUGUGCCUCUGAUGGCCUCACCUACUACAAUCGCUGUUACAUGGAUGCUGAGGCCUGCCUGCGUGGUCUUCAUCUCCACGUUGUACCCUGCAAACAUGUCCUCAGCUGGCCACCCAGCAGCCCAGGGCCACCUGAAACCACUGCCCGCCCAACACCUGGUGUUGCCCCUGUCCCACCUGCCCUGUACAGUAGCCCCUCCCCACAGGCAGUGCAGGUGGGGGGCACUGCCAGCCUUCACUGCGAUGUCAGCGGUCGCCCACCACCUGCCGUGACUUGGGAGAAGCAGAGCCACCAGCGGGAGAACUUGAUCAUGCGCCCAGACCAGAUGUAUGGCAACGUAGUAGUCACCAGCAUUGGGCAGCUGGUGCUCUACAAUGCCCGGCCUGAGGAUGCUGGCCUGUACACCUGCACUGCGCGCAAUGCGGCCGGCCUGCUGCGGGCUGACUUCCCGCUCUCUGUAGUCCAGCGGGAGCCGGCCAGGAGCAGGGGCCCCAGCAUCCCAGCCCCAGCUGAGUGCCUGCCAGACACGCAGGCCUGCACUAACCCCACCAACAUUCACCAUGUCCUCUGGCACUUUGACCCUCAGCGGGGCGGUUGCAUGACCUUCCCGGUCCCUGGCUGUGAUGGGGCUGCCCGGGGCUUUGAAACAUAUGAGGCAUGCCAGCAGGCCUGUACCCAAGGCCCCGGAGAUGCCUGUGUGCUGCCCGCCGUGCAGGGCCCCUGCCAGGGUUGGGAGCCGCGUUGGGCCUAUAGCCCGCUGCUGCAGCAGUGCCACCCUUUCGUGUACAGUGGCUGUGAGGGCAACAGCAACAACUUUGAGAGCCGUGAGAGCUGUGAAGAUGCCUGCCCUGUCCCCCGCACACCCCCCUGCCGCACCUGCCGCUUCCGGAGCAAGCUGGCUUCCAGCCUGUGCCGCAGUGACUUUGCCAUAGUGGGGCGGCUCACCGAGGUGCUGGAGGAGCCUGAAGCUGCUGGUGGUGGCAUCGCCCGUGUGGCCUUGGACGAUGUACUCAAGGAUGACAAGAUGGGUCUCAAAUUCUUGGGCACCAAGUACCUGGAGGUGACACUAAGAGGCAUGGACUGGGCCUGCCCCUGCCCCAAUGUGACAGUAGGUGAUGGGCCACUGGUCAUCAUGGGUGAGGUGCGUGACGGCGUGGCUGUGCUGGACUCAGGCAGUUAUAUCCGUGCUGCCAGUGAGAAGCGUGUUAAGAAGAUCUCAGAGCUCCUUGAGAAGAAGGCCUGUGCACUGCUUAACCGCUUCCAGGACUAGCCACCCCUGAAUGUCCACUCCCACUCUCCUGCCCUGCUUAAUAAUAAAAGCCU